AUGGGCGACCACGUAGAUGGUCUCAAGUUUGCCGGAGGUUCCAUAUUUAAGGGUGGAUGGGCCGAGCAUCUCCUCACACACCCCGACCCAAAUACGGUGUUUGACCGCUACUUGAAGAAAUGCAAGGAUCUCGGACUUGAUGUCAUUGAACUGUCUUCCGGUUUUCUUUCAAUCCCAGAGGACGACUGGCUCCGUCUGAUUGAUAAAGUUCACUCAUACAAGUUGGAACCAAAGCCUGAGUUGGGGAUUCAAUUCGGAGCCGGAGGAGACACACCUGCCUUGGGACUCGAAGCGAUUGGGACCUCUGAUCCUGGAAAAUUGGUGAACUUGGGUCGUAGAUUCCUCGACGCUGGGGUGAAGCGGUUGAUGAUUGAGUCAGAAGGUAUCACUGAAAACGUUACCUCCUGGCGGACUGAUGUGGUGUCGAAGAUCAUGAAGGAGCUUCCUCCUGAGCGUGUCAUGUUUGAAGCUGCAGAUCCCAAGGUCUUUAAUUGGUACGUCCGUGAAUUUGGUUUUGAUGUCAACCUGUUUGUGGACCACAGUCAGAUUGUGCAGUUGGAAUGCCUGCGGACUGGCAUCUGGGGCACUGCAGACACUUGGGGUAAGAUAGUGUCGUUCCGGCCAUGA